CUUUGCAGCCUUGCCCCGCAAUUUUUCUCGUGCAUUGCUUCAAUCUCGGAAACAUGAUCUCCAUUGGGCGGGGGCUCAACCGCUGAACCUUCCACUCCCAGCAGCAGAUCAUCCAAAAAUGUCCAGGCGCGGGCACUCUAAACCUGGUAACCCAAUCACCACCCCUCCACUGCAGACGCUGCCACGUUGGCGAUGCUGCUGCAGUUAAAAUUGGAUGCUUCAACGCGCUCCGCGAUCUGUGCUGCUAUAUCCCGUACAAAAAUGUCAGGCCUCCCAGGAAACAUUUGGCGUUCCAACUGCCGCGUUGCUGCUUCAACGUUGGAGUUGGGCGACCAUGGGCGAGGCUGAGCAGACUACAUGUGUCGACGGUGCUUUUCUCUCGGCGCGUCUCCUCUGGCAACUCGUCUCCCAGACACGAGUUAUCAUAUCGGUGCUCAAGACAGAUCGAGUUAUACGACGGAAAGUCUCCAUCCAGACGAUCUACUCGAGCAAGGAGCAGUGCUCGAGAGAUCUACCUCAAGGCCGUCGAAAUGGCAGCACCACCAGCUUGACAAUCACACAUACCGUGAAGAGGAGGAAGUCGAGAUGGAGGAGACCGGGGCCAAAGAAAAGGUUCGCGUGUUACUUAUGCAGACUAGAGAAUACGAAUUGUAACGACCCUCCCCCUCCAUAUUCGGAAAUCAGCCACCUCUCUCGAAAGCAUAGCUUUGUUUGCUUGCCAAUCCACGACACACACCCACCAACACCCCCACUGAGGCGAUCAUCACUCCCAUACAUUCGACGUGGAGCACUCUACCUCUUCUCAAACCCCCCACCCCAACUACCCGUCUUCCCAAUCUCCCAACGAGACGCCUACUACUUCCAAUACCUCGUCUCCCUACGCACCAACCCCUCAUCCCCCGAUUUCAAAUCCCCAAUCUGGGCCCUCCUCCUCCAAGUAACUCACUUUGAGCCCUCGCUCCGACACCUCGUCCUCGCAACAGCAAUCAUGCACCACUCGAACCACGUCAACAUCUGCGUAAACUACAGCUCGAUCAUCGCCUCCUUACACAGUUCCGCCUCCUAUCACUCCUCCAAAGCCGUGCGGCUGCUCUCGCAACAGCUGUCAAAAAUCCAAGGAAAAGCAGAUACCGUGACCUGGGAGCUGUCCUUCAUGGCUUGUUACCUGUUCACCGAGUUCCAGAGCAUAUUGGGCAAUGAGAAGGGUGCGCACGUUUGGUUGCGAAAGGGGUUCCGGCUCCUGAAAGCCAUGGCGAAAUGAUGCGUCAUGUCAUGAGAUGGUAGGUUGGGAGGCAACUUGGAGUUCUUGGAGUUAGGAACGGAAUCAAAGGCG